CUGCCCUUGUCUCCGGCGGCCUCUCUCAAUAAAGCUGUUGUUCAAACAACAUGGCGGCGCCCGUGGUGCCUGACCGUGCCGCGUUCACUUAAGGUGGGAGCCGAGGCAUCCGAGGCUAGAGAGCCUGUGUGCAGGCUCCCCCCUUUCCAAGGAUGGCUCCUGCUUGGCAGAGACUGGGGCUUGGGGCCUCUCUCCUGAAAGGACAGCAGAGAAGCUGGCCAGAGGUCAUCCACUGGGGAAAGCGAGGGAUUCCGAGCUAUAGCAGAGGUAUUUACAGUGCCACUGGAAAGUGGACGAAUGAGUAUACGCUGCAGACGAGAAAGGAUGUGGAGAAAUGGUGGCACCGACAAAUCAAGGACCAGGCCUCCAGGAUAUCAGAGGUUGAUAGAUCAAAGCCCAAGUUUUAUGUGCUUUCCAUGUUCCCCUACCCAUCCGGUAAGCUGCACAUGGGCCACGUGCGGGUGUAUACCAUCAGCGACACCAUCGCCCGCUUCCAGAAGAUGCGAGGCAUGCAGGUCAUCAACCCCAUGGGAUGGGAUGCAUUUGGGCUGCCUGCCGAAAACGCCGCCAUUGAGAGGGAUCUCCAUCCAGAAAGUUGGACACAAAGUAAUAUUGAACACAUGAGGAAGCAGCUGGACCGGCUGGGCCUGUGCUUCAGCUGGGACCGGGAAGUAACUACAUGUUUACCAGAUUACUACAAAUGGACUCAGUAUCUCUUUAUUAAACUCUAUGAGGCUGGACUGGCUUAUCAAAAGGAGGCCUUGGUGAACUGGGACCCGGUGGAUCAAACUGUCCUUGCCAACGAGCAGGUGGAUGAGCAGGGCCGUUCGUGGCGCUCGGGCUCGAAGGUGGAGCAGAAGUACCUCAGACAGUGGUUCCUUAAGACGACUGCGUACGCCAAGGCCCUGCGGGAUGCGCUGACAGACCUUCCGGAGUGGUAUGGAAUCAAAGGCAUGCAGGCCCACUGGAUCGGGGACUGUGUGGGCUGCCAUCUGGACUUCAUGCUAAAGGUGGAUGGGCAAGUCACAGGAGAGAAGCUGAGUGCCUACACAGCCACCCCCGAGGCCAUCUACGGCGCCUCCCACGUGGCCAUCUCCCCAGACCACAGGCUCCUGCACGGCCACAGCCCACUGAAGGCGGCUUUGCAGAAGGCACUGGUCCCCGGCAGGGAUUGCCUCACGCCCGUGAUAGCUGUGAACAUGCUCACCCAGCAGGAAGUUCCUGUCGUCGUCUUGGCCAAAGCUGACUUUGAGGGCUCACUGGAUUCAAAAAUAGGAAUCCCCAGUACCAGCUUAGAAGACACUGCUUUAGCCCAAACCCUGGGCUUGUCCUACUCUGAAGUCAUUGAAACGUCACCAGACGGCACAGAGAGACUGCGUGACUCUGCUGAGUUCACAGGCAUGAAGCGGCCCGAUGCCUUUCUGGCCCUGACUCAGAAGGCCCGCGAGAAGAGAGUGGGCGGAGAGGUGACGAGUGACAAGCUGAAGGACUGGCUGAUCUCGCGCCAGCGCUACUGGGGCACACCCAUCCCCAUGGUGCACUGCCCAGCCUGCGGCCCCCUGCCGGUGCCCGUCGAAGACUUGCCGGUGACCUUGCCCCGCAUCUCUUCUUUCACUGGCAAGGGAGGCUCGCCGCUGGCCGCAGCCUCCGAGUGGGUGCACUGCUCCUGCCCCCGGUGCAGGGGAGCAGCCAAGAGAGAGACAGACACCAUGGAUACCUUUGUGGACUCUGCAUGGUACUACUUCAGAUACACCGACCCUCAGAAUACUCAGAGCCCUUUUAGCACAGCUCUGGCAGAUUACUGGAUGCCUGUGGAUUUGUACAUCGGAGGCAAAGAACAUGCUGUUAUGCACUUGUUCUAUGCAAGAUUCUUUAGUCAUUUUUGCCACGAGCAGAAGAUGGUCAAGCACAGAGAACCUUUCCAUAAGCUGCUGGCGCAAGGCCUCAUCAAGGGGCAGACGUUCCGCCUCCCGUCUGGACAGUAUCUUCGGAGAGAGGAAGUAGAUGUCACAGGUCCCGUGCCCGUUCACGCGAGGACGAGAGAGACGCUGGAGGUGACGUGGGAGAAGAUGAGCAAGUCCAAGCACAACGGGGUGGACCCCGAGGAGGUGGUGGAGCAGUACGGCGUCGACACCAUCCGGCUCUACCUGCUCUUCGCCGCGCCCCCCGAGAAGGACAUCCUGUGGGACGUGAAGACCGACGCGCUCCCCGGGGUGCUGAGGUGGCAGCAGCGACUGUGGUCCCUGGUGACCCGGUUCAUCGAGGCCCGGACUUCCGGGGAGGUGCCCCAGCCGCCGCUGCUGAGUAGCCGGGAGAAAGCCGAGGCCAAGAAGCUCUGGAAGUACAAGAACUCGGUCAUCUCUCAGGUGACCGCCCACUUCACAGAGGACUUCUCGCUCAACUCGGCCAUUUCUCAGCUCAUGGGACUCAGCUCGGCACUGAUGCAAGCCUCACAGAGACUCGUGCUCCACAGCCCCGAGUUUGAGGACGCCCUGUGCGCACUGCUGGUGAUGGCCGCUCCCAUGGCCCCCCACGUCACCUCGGAGCUCUGGGCAGGCCUGGCGCUGGUACGGACGAAGCUGUGCUCGCACUACGCCUGGGACGCGGGCGUGCUGGCCCAGGCGUGGCCCGCCGUGGACACGCAGUUCCUGCAGCAGCCGGACGUGGUACAGAUGGCCGUGCUGAUCAACAACAAAGCGUGUGGCAAAAUCCCUGUGCCCCAACAAGUCGCCCGGGACCAGGACAAAGUCCGUGAACUUGUUCUGCAAAGUGAACUGGGCAUGAGGCUCCUGCAAGGGCGAAGCAUCGAGAAGGCUUUCCUCUCGCCCAGAACCGCGCUCAUCAACUUCCUGGUGCAGGAGUGACUGCGUGUGAACCGGCGGUGGCCCUGGGGCCUCGGGGAACCUCCUCCCACUGCAGUGCAGGGGACAGAGAAGAGACCAAUGUCCGGAGGGCCCCCUGCAUGCUCUGACAGGCCGGCGUCCCGGAUGCUCCUCUGGCAUCCACCGUGCACCCAGGGAGAGGGGCAGGUGGAGGGGGAGAAACAGGAGGGAAGAGGAAAGUCUCUGAUCCUCCUUCCCAGGGAUGAACGGGGGGAGCCAUCUGACCCCGCGUGAGCCCCGGUACUGCCAGUGGGCAUUGGCGGGAGAAGCCUCAGAUGGUCCUAAUUUCCCCGGCUGCUGCGAGCUUCCGGGCCUCGGGACUUGCUGGUGAGCCCAGCUCAGGGUCCUGCAGGGACCCCGAGGGUUUCGUGGGGCCACGGGGCAACUCAGCCGAGCCUUCUCACUGCCUGGCUCCAUGGGGGAGCCCCGGGGACGUGCCCAAGUCCCCACAGCAUGGCGUUUGGAGCCAGGGCUGGGAGUGGGUGAGCGCUCGCCUUGCACAGCUGAAGCCCUGGGUUCAAUCCCCCACCCCCAAGGUGGAUGACAGUUGCUGAGAACUGUAACCCAGCAGUGCUCGUCCCCUGCUGGGUAGACUCGGUGGGUGCCCCCACAGCCUGGUGCCAGGCACCCACUGGACCCUUCCUGUCACCGCAAUCCCGGCCCCGCGGCCAGCUCCUCAGCACUCCUGGGCUCACCCAGCUGGACGUUGGCUGCACAUGCCCAGGAACCCGGCUAGCUCCGAUCUCAGCCUCCCUGCCCCCCCCACACACACCCCACCAGGGAGCCUGCUCAUGUGGAUGACGACCCAGAGCAGACAGCUAGGAAGGGCUGCCCCUGGGAGGGUGGACUGAGGCCAUCGGGCGGGGCCUCCUGUCCCCAAGCCCGGCCACCAGGAACGGAGCAGCACUGUUGGUACGGGGGCAACCCUGGCUCAUGUGACAUCAGCAACAAGAUGUCCCUCACAACAGGCCUGAGCCCCGGAGUGGGGGGACAGAGGAGUUAGCCCCUUUGAGACGCUGAGAAACAAAGUCCCAUCAGACAGGCUCCCCCCGCCCCUGCAAUUCAGUGGUCAACAGGUGACUUUGGGGGGCAGGGGGAGGAGGGGUCAGCAAUGCUCAGGGGUUACUCCUGCUCUGCACUCAGGAAUCACUCCCGGUGGUGCUCAGGGGGCCCUAUGGGAUGUCAGGGAUUGAACCUGGGUCGGCCAUGUGCAAGACAAAUGCCCUCCCCGCUGCACUAUUCAUUCAGGCCCCAGCAGGUGACCUUUUUUUAAUGAAAUAAAAUGUUUCCCAUCCA